UACCAUGUAAAUAUUUAUUAUUUUAGUAAAGCAUUAACCUGUAGUUUAGGUAUAUUUACUACUUCAGAGGACAGUUAUUUCUACUGGUUUCAAAAAUCAAAAAUGACAUUCAUCUAUUUUCUAUUUUAUUUUGUCCCUUUGAUGGCAUUCGUGUACGACAACGACCAAGAAGUAACCCUCCAACCAUCAUUGCUUAAAACAGCUGAAGUUUCGGAUGGUAGAACCCAUGUUCCUAGAGCACAAAAGGAACAUGAGUAUAUUAUGAGAACGGUAGUAAAAAUUAUAAAUGUAGAAACACAACUUCCAGUUGGAGUAGAUACAUCAUAUAAUUCACUAAGCGUAAAUAGUAGAUAUAACAGAGUAUACGCAAAAAAAGGAUUACAACAUGAUAAAUGGAUACUUGUCCCUGAUUGUGAUGGGACAAAUUCUUCACGUAGUUAUCGUAUAUUUCUUGCAGAUGUUCCAAGGCUUGCACUGGAUCGAGCGGCCGGCUGUGCCUCUGGUCCAGAUAAGGAUGCAGGGUUGCUGGUUUAUGAACAUUAUGGAGACCAUAGAUAUCCAUUCAAUAACCACAUCUUCCACUAUGAUCCGUAUUACAAAUUACUAAUGGUCUGUGAUUAUAAAUGUAUUAUUGUGGACCCUACGGAUAACAACAGACUUACUGCAACAAAUUGGAAAAAUUGUUUGAAGAACAAUCGCAAAUUCGAAAUUUUAUUUCAAGAAUUUAAAAAAUAUAAUUUGCCAAAACCAACUAAAACUUGCAUCUGGUAAUUCAAAUUAAAAUAUGCACUGAUCAAAUUAUUAUUAUUUUCAUUUGUAAUCACAUUAAAAAUGUACAAACUUU